AGACAGUGGGAACCUCGAGUGUCUGGAGCUGGAGCUGGUUUUACCCCAAUACAGAGACAGGAUUAUCACUCAAGAGGCAAUGAAUGAGCUGUCUUCGAAUGGUCAUCUAAUGCUUUAUGAUUGGGAUCACCUCAGAAGAACUAUGACUGAGCUUUCUUUAAAAGGCCAUCCAAUUCUGCAGGAUCCAGUGAUCGGAGAGCUCCUGGCCGAGAAGCAGGCGGUGGACCUGAAACGGGAGGAGAAGCUGAAGAAGAACCGGGAGGCCAUGAAGAAGCACCGGGAGGACGAGACGGCGGAUCAGAGGGAGGAACGCCUGAGGAAGAACCGGGAGGCCAUGCGCUUCCGCCGGCAGAUGGAGACGGAAGAGCAGCGGGAGGAACGCCUGCGCAAGAACCGGGAAGCCAUGAAGCGUUUCCGGGAGAUGGAAACCGAGCUGCAGCGGGAGGAGAGGCUCAGGCGCAACCGGGAGUCCAUCAAGAGCCGGAGGCAGCUGGAGACCCUGGAGCAGCGGGAGGAGAGGCUCAGGCGCAACUGGGAGUCGACGAAGGUCCGGCGUCAGGAGGAGUCGGGCGAGGAGCGGGAGCAGAGGCUGCGCCGGAACUGGACGGGGAUCAAGAAGCGUCGGGAGCAGGAGUCCGACGAGCAGCGCAAGGAGAGGCUCCGCAAGAACUGGGAGGCCAUCAAGAACCGGCGGCAGCAGAAGAACGAGGGGGAGAAGGAAGACAUCCUGUGCCGGAUCUGGGAGGCCAUGAGGCACUUCACCAGCCAGGAGAUCCCGGAGGACAGGGACAAGAGGCCGGGGGGCUGCCAGCACUUGCUCUUGGACCGGGGGUUCGCAGCGGAGGGCGGGGCCCCCCCGCAGGAGGGCAGAGAGGACCAGCGGAUGCAGGACAGGGAGGCGCCCAGGUGCUGCUACCAGCCGCAAGCGGAGGAGAGGAAAUGAAAGGGCGGGCGGCGCAGGAGAGCAAUCUGAAACCUACCCGCUAAUCAUGCUCGGGAGCCGAGAGAACUUGAUUGAC